AUAUAUUUACGUGUCUAACGUCCAAGCUUCCAUUCCAAUUUUCCUUCAAACCCUAACCACUUUCCAUAUCAGAAAACCGGCGAUGGGGAACUGCCAGACGGCGGAGGUGGUGACGGUUAUGAUCCACCAUCCCGGCGGCGGGAUCGAGAGGGUCUAUUGGCCUCUAACCGCCAGCCAAAUCAUGGCCUCCAACCCCGGCCACUACGUCGCCAUCAUAAUCACUUCCCAAACCCCCACCGCCACUCUAUCGGCCGCCGCAUCUCCGGUGAAACACCUCAAAAUCCUCCGCCCCAAAGAUACCCUUCAAAUCGGCCAUGUUUAUCGACUCGUCAGCUUCGAAGAGGUUUUGAGGGAUUUCGCCUCGAAGAAGCACAUCAGGCUCAGCAGAUUGCUUCAUGCCGCCAAGGAGAAGCGGAGGAGCCGAUCAAAUAGAGGCGAAGGGGUUUCGCUGGCGGACGCCGGCCAGAUCUCGGUUCCGGCGACGGUGCGGCGAUGGCUGCAGAUGGAAAAGGCAACGGUCAUGCGGCGGCGCCACCGCCUCGGAUGCGGCAAUGGAGGCCGGCGUUGCAGAGCAUUGAAGAGGAGUUCUACGGCUCUUAAACUCACCGGUAACUUAGCCGCAAAUAGUAUAGAUUAUAGUAGUAGAAAAUGCGUGGAAUCUCUGCUUAGUUUUAAUUUUAGCACUUCAUGUAUGUACAUGUAAUAUUAAUUUUAUGUAAUUUUAAUUAUGUAUUUAUAUAUUAGACCUUACGAAUUGUCAUGGUGGUCUAUUUGGAGUUGACAGGUAGAUCUGACCUUUGAUGAGUGGAGCUGGAAAGGAGCUGAAUAUGGACAUAAAUUGUAAAGCUGUAAUAAUUGAUUUUCAUAAGAAAUGUGAUAUUUAGAUAUUUCAGACAUAUUGUUAUGUCAGACUCUCAAGAUGGAUAUAUGCGUGUAUGUUACGUUUAAUGGAGGUAAAAAAGGUCUAAGGGAGCACCUGUAGUUCUAGUCAUAAGUUGAGAUCGAGUUCAUCAUUUGAGCCCGUCUCGAGCCCAAGCUUGAAUUUUGACGAACAAGUCUAUUAGCUUGUGUUAAGCACCAGUCAAGCUCCACUCGACUCGUUUACACUCUUCCAUGAAUUCAAAAAA